AUGCUUCUCAUUCUCUUGCUCCUCGUCGGAGCAGUGGCAUCCUCUCCCAUUCACAACACCUUUACCUCCCCCAUCGUUCACACCAACUAUGGCGACAUUCUAGGCACAACAUCUCCCUACCGUCCCAACGUCCAAGUCUUCAAAGGCAUUCCCUACGCUACACCUCCCACUGGUGAACUCCGCUGGAAGCCCCCGGUCGAGCCCCAGCCAUGGACCGGCACGUACAACGCAACUGCCUUCAGCGCUCAGUGCCCCCAGUCCCUAAACAUGGGCACCGGCCUCUGGACGACCGGUUCAACCGACCAAAGCGAAGACUGUCUCUACAUGAACAUCUGGACCCCAACCACCACUCCUUCCACCCCGCUCCCUGUCUACGUCUGGGCCUACGGCGGCCGCUUUGUCGAUGGCUCCGGCGACGUCGUAACUUACGACGGCAGCGGCCUAGCCUCGCAAGACAUCAUCAUCGUCACCUUCAACUUCCGCCUUGGCCCUCUCGGCUUCCUCGCCCACCCUCUCCUCUCCGCCGAAUCCCCUCACAACAGCUCCGGAAACUACGGCCUCCUCGACAUCAUCGCCGCCCUGGAAUGGGUGCAAGCCAACAUUGCCUCUUUCGGCGGCGACCCUGCCCGCGUUACCAUUGGCGGCCAAUCCUCCGGCUCCUCCUGCUCCCUCGACAUGAUGUACUCCCCUCUCGCAGAGGGUCUUGUAUCAGGAGUAAUCGCCGAAAGAAGCCUGGCAACAAGCUAUCGUCUCAAAGACGAAGCUGAAUCCUCUGGCCUCUCUGUGAUGACUUCCCUCAACGCAUCAAGCCUCUCCGAAAUGCGUGCCCUCCCCGUCUCAACCCUCCUAACAACCGACCUCCUCAAUGCCACCAUCUUCGACAACACAAACUACCAAAACGUCACCACCUUCAUGGAACCCCCUGAGUGGCGCCCCGUCCUGGACGGCUACGUCCUCCCACACACCUACGCCUCUACCCUCUCGAACAACACCCACCCCAAUAUCCCCAUCCUAACCGGCAACAACAAAGAUGAGUCCGGCGCCGCCACAGACCCGGGGUACACACUGUCCACCUUCCGCUCGAACUUCUCCACCAUGUUCGCGCCUUUCCCCCAUCUCGCCGAGGAAUUCUUAUCCCUCUACCCGGCCAACGAUACACAAUCAACAACCCUUGCCAACAACGCCUUCUGGGCAGAUCUCGGCAGAGUAAGUACCUGGGCUUGGGCACUAGAUUGGUACGCCGGCGGCGCUACAGCUCCUGUGUACACGUAUUUCUGGGACCAUGCUCCCCCGGGGCAGAGCCUGGGUGCGUUCCAUGGGAGUGAGAUGUACUAUGUUUUUGGAAACUUGCCGUAUAAUUAUCCGGGUAUGCCAUGGACAGAGCGGGAUUUUGAGAUUGAGAGGGUGAUGGUGGCGUAUUGGACGAACUUCAUCAAAUAUGGGAAUCCGAAUGGGGAGGGGUUGGUGAGGUGGGAGGCUAGUGGGAAGAAGAAGGAGACAAUGUAUUUGGGAGAUGGCUUUGGGAGGGGUGAGUUGACGGAUGGGGAGGAGAGAAGGGAGUUGAUGUUGCAGUGGCUGAGGGAGUCGGAGGUCUGGUAA